AUGUAUCAGCCAGGCAAGCAAAAAGAAGAGCCGGCGCACUUUCGACCUCGGAAAACAACGAAGAAACGAACCUCCGAGCACGAUUCGGACGCUACCUUUGACCUGCGGAGUACGGCAACAAGAUCCCUCACAUAA